AGGAUGCCAAAGAAAUUCUGUGUCUGACAUCAACGGUUCUGCUUAUACCCUCUCCGUGUCUUUCUUCCAAGCACAUCAACUCCUCAACUGCUGUUGGGUUUUCUGUUCAUUUCACCACCUCUCUCGCUUCCAUUUCGAAUCACGAAAAUGUCCUCCGCAGACGCGAUGUUCAGCGAGGCGGACAAGAAGACGAAGAAGACGUUCUUCAAAGACUUUGAGGGCGCGCAAGAUCUCUUCCUCAAGGCGGCGGCUCGCUACAAGCUCGACAAGGACUUUAUGCGUGCCGGAGACGCGUACGCGCGUGCGGGCGAUUGCUCCGUGCGGAUGAAGGACAACGCUAGCGCCGGCAUGGCCUUUGCGGACGCCGCCAACGCCUACAAGAAGGUGGACCCCGCCAAAGCGAAAAGCAUGCUGGACAUGGCCGUCCGCCUUCAGAUCGAGAACAACCGCAUUGGCGGUGCGGCCCGCCUGCUCUUAGAGUUCGCCGGCUCCCUCGAGGAGCAAGGCGCGCCUAUGGAGGCCCUCCCCUAUUAUGAGCAGGCCAUGAAGUACUUCGACGCGGAGGAUCAGAAGGCGCAGUCACAGAAGUGCAUGCUGGCGAUGGCCAAAAUUUACGGCGAAAACGAUGCGUUCGACAAAUCACUCAUGUACUACGAGCGGGUGGCAAACAACAUGCUGGGCGGUCCGCUGAAGUUUCAGGCGCAGGAUUACUUCCUCCGUGCGAUGCUGUGCCGCUUCGCGAUGGUUACCAACGACAACCGCUUCGAAGGCAGCGAGGAGUGCCGCGACGCCCUUCAGCAGUACCUGGCGGCGGACAUCUACCUCAAGAACACGCGCGAGUCGGAGUUUCUGCAGCUGGUUCUGGAUGCCGUCACGGACAACGACGUCGAGAAGUUUGAGCAGGCUGUGUCGCUUCUGCAGGAUAUUCGCAAGCUCGACGACUGGAAGACGCACGUCCUGCUCGUCGUGAAGCACAACAUGGAGAGCCUGGCGUAG